UCGCGACUUCCGGCGGCCUGUAGAUGCUGCCUAGCUAGCGGCCUGGUAGAGUUGCGGUUUUAGCGCGUUGCCCUGCAGCGACCUCUGUGUGUCUCCUCUGGCGUCCCGAGCUCUCCGGAGCCUGGCGAGGAUCCGGGCGGCUCCGCUGCUCCCAGUUCCCGGCGUCCGCCCGCCCGCGGAGGGCUAGCUCCUGGGAGCCGCGCGUGCGCGUCCUCCUCGUCGUCGUCCCGGGGCCCGGCGCGGGGACAGUCGGAGCUGAGGUGGCAGGGACGCCUGAAGACUGCGCUUACCAAGGGUUCUCGGAGAGGAGUAGUUCAAAAUGUCAAAAAUUAGGAGGAAGGUCACAGUGGAAAACACCAAGACUAUAUCUGAGAGUACAUCCAGAAGACCUAGUGUGUUUGAGCGUCUUGGACCCAGCACUGGCAGCACAGCAGAGACACAGUGCCGCAACUGGCUGAAGACUGGCAGCUGCCUCUAUGGAAACACAUGUAGAUUUGUGCAUGGACCUUCGCCUCGUGGGAAAGGUUACAGCAGCAAUUACAGAAGGUCACCAGAAAGACCUACAGGUGAUCUCAGAGAAAGAAUGAAGAAUAAGCGUCAGGAUGUGGAUUCUGAAUCCCAGAAACGGAACGCAGAGGAGUCAUCCUCACCUGUUAGGAAAGAAUCUUCAAGAGGGAGACAUAGAGACAAGGAAGACAUAAAAAUUGUUAAGGAGAGAACUCCAGAAAGUGAAGAAGAAAAUGUAGAGUGGGAAACGAACAGAGAUGACUCUGACAAUGGAGAUAUUAAUUAUGAUUAUGUUCAUGAGUUAUCACUGGAAAUGAAGCGUCAGAAAAUACAGCGAGAAUUAAUGAAGUUGGAACAAGAAAACAUGGAUAAGAGAGAAGAAAUUAUCAUUCAAAAGGAGGUUUCCCCAGAAGUGGUUAGAGCAAAGUUGUCUCCAUCGCCCUCUCUGAGAAAGUCCAGUAAAUCACCAAAGCGAAAGUCCAGCCCUAAGACCUCUUCAGCUGGCAAGAAAGAGCGGAAGGCUGCGGUGGUGGCUUCUCCACUGUUGGACCAGCAGAGGAAUUCAAAAAGCAGCCAAAGUAAAAAGAAAGGUCCACGGACUCCCAGUCCACCUCCUCCUAUACUAGAAGAUAUCAUUCUGGGGAAAAAAUACAAAGAAAAGUAUAAAGUGAAAGACAGGAUAGAAGAAAAACCAAGAGAUGGAAAGGACAGAGGACGGGAAUUUGAAAGGCAAAGAGAAAAAAGAGACAAGCCAAGGUCCUCCUCUCCAGGACAGCACCAUUCUCCUCUAUCUUCUAGACAUCAUUCUUCAUCCUCACAGUCAGGAUCAUCUAUUCAGAGACAUUCUCCUUCUCCUCGUCGGAAAAGAACUCCUUCCCCAUCCUACCAGCGGACUUUAACUCCAUCUUUACGACGCUCUGCCUCUCCUUAUCCAACGCAUUGUCUAUCUUCUCCUCAGAGAAAGCAAAGUCCUCCAAGACAUCGCUCUCCAAUGCGAGAGAAAGGGAGGCAUGAUCAUGAGCGGACUUCACAAUCACAUGAUCGGCGUCAUGAAAGGAGGGAAGAAACUCGAGGCAAAAGGGAUAGAGAAAAGGAUACCAGAGAAGAGCGAGAGUCUGAACACGACCACAGGGAUGACAGAGAACUGCGAGACAGCCGGGACCGGAGAGACACUAGAGACCGCAGGGAACUGAGAGACUCCAGAGACAUCCGCGACUCCAGAGAGAUGAGGGAUUAUAGCAGAGAUACCAAGGAGAGCCGUGACCUCAGAGAUUCUCGAUCUGCUCGGGAUGUCCAUGACUACAGGGACCGAGAUGCCCGGGACACUCGGGAUGUUCGGGACGCUCGGGACGUUCGGGACGCUCGAGAUGUUCGGGACGCUCGGGAUGCCCGAGAUGUUCGAGAUUCCCGGGAUGUUCGCGAUGCCAGGGAUGUUCGCGAUGCCAGGGAUGUUCGCGAUGCCCGGGAUGUCCGCGAUGUUCGUGAUGCUCGUGAUGGUCAUCGGAAGGAGGAUGUGUACCAGGAAGAAACGCGCAGUUAUGGCAGAAACCACCUGAGAGAAGAGAGUUCUCGAGUUGAGCUAAGGAAUGACUCUAGAAGUGAGUCUCGAAGUGAAAUUAGAAAUGACCGGAUGGGCAGAAGUAGGGGCAGAGGACCAGAGCUGCCUGAAAAGGGAAGUCGAGGAACAAGAGGUUCCCAAAUGGAUAGCCACAGUGGCAGCAGCAACUACCAUGACAGCUGGGAAACUCGAAGCAGCUAUCCUGAAAGAGACAGAUACCCUGAGAGAGACACUCGAGAUCAAGCAAGGGACUCUUCCUUUGAGAGAAGGCAUGGAGAAAGAGACCGUCGGGACAACAGAGAGCGAGCUUCUAUGUUCUACACCUCCUGCUGCCCCUAUCCUUUGCCAUCAGUGUUCUCAGAUCCUGCUGGGGGUACAGAGAAGAUAAGAGAUCAAAGACCAAGCUCACCUAUUCGACAUCAGGGAAGGAGUGAGGAGCUUGAGCGUGAUGAAAGAAGAGAGGAACGAAGAAUAGACAGAGUGGAUGAGAGAAGAGAUGAAAGGAUUAGAGACAGAGACAGGGAUCGAGAGCGAGAAAGGGAGCGGGAGAGAGAGCGGGAACGAGAUCGGGAGCGAGAAAAGGAAAGAGAAAGAGAACUAGAGAGAGAGAGAGCUAGAGAGCGGGAGAGAGAGAAAGAGAGGGAGAGGGAGCGAGAACGAGAGAGAGAUCAGAGAGAACGUGACCAUGAUCGAGAGCGAGAAAGAGAGAGGGAACGUGAGCGGGAGAGGGAAAAAGAACGGGAGCGAGAGCGAGAAGAGAGGGAGAGGGAGAGAGAACGGGAAAGGGAGCGUGAGAGAGAACGGGAACGCGAGAGAGAGCGGGAGCGGGAGCGGGAGCGAGAAAGGGCCAGAGAAAGAGAAAAAGAACGAGAGCGGCAAAGAGAGUGGGAAGAUAAAGACAAGGGACGUGAUGACCGAAGGGAGAAGCGCGAGGAUGUCCGAGAGGACAGGAACCCCAGAGACAACCACGAGGAGAGGAAGUCCAAGAAGCGCUAUAGAAACGAAGGGAGUCCCAGCCCCCGGCUGUCCCCCAAGCGCAGGCGGGAGCAUUCUCCAGACAGUGACACCUACCACAGUGGGGAUGACAAAAAUGAAAAGCAUAGACUCUUGAGCCAGGUUGUACGACCACAGGAAUCUCGUUCUCUCAGCCCAUCACACCUCACAGAUGACAGGCAAUGUAGAUGGAAAGAGGAGGAUCGUAAAUCAGAAAGAAAAGAGAGUUCAAGGCGCUAUGAAGAGCAAGAACUCAAAGAGAAGGUUUCUUCCGGAGAUAGGCAGAGGGAGCAGGCGGAAAGCAUGGAUAGCUCAAGAGUGCGUGCACAAGACCUACUUAGCCACCGCCAAGCUGAAGAUCGUGACCGCGAUGGGUCUGAGCGAGCCCAUGAUGAAAAGAAAAAAGCAAAAGCUCUAAAGAAACCUGUUAAGAAAAAAAAAGAGGACGAUGUUGGAAUAGAGAGGGGCAACCUUGAGACAUCUGAAGAUGGGCAAGUGUUUUCACCAAAAAAAGCACAGAAGAGGAAAAACAUUGAAAAAAAGCGUAAAAGAUCCAAAGGUGAUUCUGAUGUUUCUGAUGAAGAAGCAGCCCCUCAGAGUAAAAAGAGGAGAGGUCCACGCACGCCCCCUCUGGCCAUCAAGGAGGAGCUGAUUGACAUUUCCACUGACAAGGAUGGCAUUCUCGAAGACCCACUGAAGAAAGAAGAUACAGCCUUUAGUGACUGGUCCGAUGAGGAUGUGCCUGAUCGCACAGAGGGCAUGGAACCAGAGCACAGUGCAGCCACAGCCACUCCUGGUAGUACCCCUUCCCCUCUGUCUUCUCUUCUCCCUCCCCCACCUCCUGUGGCUGCUACAAGUACUUCAGCCACUUCUCUUGCCUCCUCAUCUGUGGCUGCUACUACCUCUGCCGCCGUUUCCAGCUCUGCUUCCAUCUCCAGUACCAAUGCCAGUGAAGACUCACAUAGAAAAUGCCAUCGGACUCGAGGGGAGAAAGUCGAGGCCAUUCAUGUGACCUUAGAAGAUACACCACAUCGCAAGCUGGUGGAUCAGAAGAGAAGCAGCAGUCUUGGAAGCAAUCGAAGUCACCGUAGCCACACUUCUGGUCGCCUGCGCUCCCCAUCAAAUGAUUCUGCUCAUCGGAGUGGGGAUGACCAGGGUAGUCGAAAGAGAGUGCUGCAUAGUGCUUCCAGAGAUAGAGAGAAAACAAAAAGUCUGGAGAUCACAGGAGAGAGGAAAUCUAGGAUUGAUCAGUUAAAGCGUGGAGAACCCAGUCGAAGUACUUCUUCAGAUCGCCAGGAUUCCAGAAGCCACAGCUCAAGAAGAAGCUCCCCGGAGUCAGAUCGGCAGGUUCAUUCAAGGUCUGGGUCAUUUGAUAGUAGAGACAGACUUCAAGAACGAGAUAGGUAUGAGCAUGACAGAGAGCGGGAGAGGGACCGGAGAGAUCCAAGGCAGAGGGAAUGGGACCGGGAAGCUGAUAAAGAGUGGCCUCGGACCAGAGACCGAGAUAGACUUCGGGAACGAGAGAGAGAACGAGACAAAAGAAGAGACUUGGACAGAGAAAGACUGAUUGCUGACCCCAUAGAAAGGGACAGAGAACGAGAUAGAACUUUUGAGACUUCUCAUUCGGAAUCUGUGAAACGCAGUGAAGCCAAAUUGGAGAGUGAACAUGAAAGAGACCUCGACAGCAGUUCCAGGGACUCUGUAGCCUUGGAUAAAGAAAGAAUGGAUAGAGACCUGGGGUCUGUGCAAGGAUUUGAAGAUGUGAGUAAAGCUGAAAGAACAGAGAGUCUGGAAGCAGGAGACGACGAAUCCAAGUUAGAUGAUGCACAUUCACUAGGAUCUGGUGCUGGGGAAGGAUAUGAGCCCAUCAGUGAUGACGAGCUAGAUGAAAUUCUGGCAGGGGAUGCAGAAAAGAGAGAGGACCAGCAGGAGGAGGAGAAGAUGCCAGAUCCAUUAGAUGUGAUAGAUGUGGACUGGUCUGGGCUUAUGCCAAAGCAUCCAAAAGAACCAAGAGAGCCUGGGGCUGCACUCUUAAAGUUCACACCUGGAGCUGUUCUACUACGAGUUGGGAUUUCUAAAAGGUUGGCAGGUUCUGAGCUCUUCACUAAAGUUAAAGAAACAUGUCAACAGCUUCUAGAAAAACCAAAAGAUGCAGACGGCCUUUUCGAACAUGAACUAGGGGCUCUCAACAUGGCUGCUUUACUGCGAAAAGAGGAGCGAGCCAGUCUUCUUAGUGACCUGGGGCCAUGUUGUAAAGCAUUAUGUUUCCGACGGGACUCUGCAAUCCGGAAGCAGCUUGUGAAGAACGAAAAGGGGACUGUGAAGCAGACAUACACAAGCGCUCCCAUGGUAGACAAUGAGCUGCUUCGGCUGAGCCUUCGGUUAUUUAAGAGGAAGACCACCUGCCAUGCCCCCGGGCAAGAGAAGACUGAUGAUGGUAAAGUAGCACCAUCCAGUAUCCAGCACGAGCUGUGUGUGUCCUAGACAGAAACCAAGGACGGCCCUUCAGUUCUGUCUUCUCAGCAGUGCGUCAUCUUUCUUGAAGUUCUUCGGUUUGAAGGCAUUGCUAAUUACAGAGACAGAAGAUUCAUCAGCCACACCACGAAUGAAGAACUUCAGUCUUUAGAGACACCAGUUUUGGUUUAUUUAAGAUUUUACAUUAAUUUUUAUACAGUAAUUGACACUCAGGCAAAAUAAUGUGAAAGCAUCUAGAUUUCGUAGUUUCGUCCAUGUCUUCAUUAAAAUUGAAGAUUUUAGGAGACCAGGUCACCCCUGCUCUUCCAGCCUAUGAAUACUUCCUGUGAAAUAAAAGCACUGAUUUUUAGUCUGGAUUAUCACACAGAAAUUGACCUUGCUCAGAAAGGACGAAGAUGGAAGCUGUUGCACAGACUGCAGUGCCGUACAGAGCACCAAGGGAUCCUGCCUAGGGUGCAUCUGGAGGCGGUCUCCUCCAAAAGCCCAAGUGGGCUUUUUUGUUUCUUUGAAUAUUCUAAAAUAAAUGACUCCAUGGGAUUUUUUUACACAUGUACAUUGCUACAUUAUAUAUUGGAAGUCUUUGAACUCUUGAUGGGGUUUAAUUGUUCAUUAUCAGAGACUGUGUGCUAUUUUAUUUUUAAUAAAUGUAUGUUCCCUUGUUGUA